AUGUAUAAGGGUAGAGAAUUAGACAUAGUGGAUAGAUUUACUUACCUUGGUAUAGUUUUCACACCUGGAGGUUCUUUUUCAAAAACCUUUGAUGCUUUGUCAGGACAAGCACUUAAGGCGGUUUUCAGGCUUAAAAGUUGUAUAUCUAAAUAUCCUUGCAUUUCAAUCAAGCAUAGAUUGGAUCUUUUCGAUAAACUUAUUUAUCCAGUCUUGAGUUACGGAUCGGAAAUAUGGGGUCUUAGUAACAGUCUUCAAAUUGAACGAAUACACUUACGUUUUUGUAAAGAAUUGUUAGGAGUGCGAUUACAGACCCAAAAUAAUUUUGUUUAUGGUGAACUUGGGAGAACCUCAUUAUUAUGUAAAAGGUCGAUUAAUGUCAUAAGAUAUUGGUUAAAGAUUGUAACAAUGGACACUGUAAAAUAUGUUAAACUUAUGUAUGAUAAACUUUGUAUGCACUUAGAGGAAAAUCCACAUUUCAAGUCCUGGGCUUACAAUGUAAGACAGUUGUUACAAGCAUUAGGUUUUAAUGAUGUAUGGCUUAGUCAAGGUGUUGGUGACAUAAAUUUGUUUCUCAAUAUGUUUAAAAGAAGGGCUACUGAUAAUUAUAUACAAAGGGCUUGGUUCACGAAAGCUAAGUCUGAGCUCAGAGAGUCUAGUAGAGCUCGAAAUUACGUGCAUGUGUCGUUUUUUGAAUUACAACCCUAUUUGUGUAAUGUAAAUAUAACAAAAUAUAGAUAUGCAUUGUCUAGGUUAAGAAUGUCAAGUCAUAUGUUGAGCAUCGAAACAGGUAGAUGGCAUAAACCAACAGCAACACCUUAUAAUGAAAGAACAUGCUUAUUUUGUAACACUCUUGAAGACAAAUACCACUUUUUACUUGAAUGUCAAUUGUAUGCUGAACUACGAGAAAUGUAUAUCAAACCAUAUUACUUUAAAAGACGGAAUAUGUUUAAGUUUAUUGAGUUGAUGACCUCUCAGAAAGCUGUUGUGAAUAGAAAUUUAGCGAUGUAUGUGUAUAAAGCGUUUGAAUUACGAAAGACGUUUCAUAUGUAUUAUGAGUAAAAAACAUAUCCUCUUCGCUGUUAAUACAUCAUGUCUUACGACCUAUGACUUAUUUUGCAAUUAAUGUACGUUUUAUAAUAUGUAUACUCAUGGACAUAUUGUCUAUUGUAUUAUGAAA